GAGCAGUGUGGCGUUCGGAGAGCGGCGGGUAGUCGUUGUAAGUAAGUGCGGGCCGGGACCCGGUGGGUACCCUCAUCGGCUGUCCGUGUAGACUGAGUCCCCCAGCGGCGCGGAGAUUGGCACCGCCCCGGGGGUUUGUCCUGACAUAAUCUGGGUCAAACCCCCAGCUGCGGCCCGGGAUCCGAGCGCCGUGCUGAUCGUACCCCCCCCCACCACCCUGGGCGGCUCAUGCGGCUUCCCUCUGGGGAGAGGUUCCGAAAAUCGGCCCACUUGUUGCCCGCGUUGGGCCGGGCCGUGAGCAGCGCGACCACCAUUGCGCUGGGAAGCGGGAGCGAGUGUGGCGCCGAACGUGGACUCGUUAUAAAAUGGCUUCCGGAGCGGUGCCGCCGCCGCCGCCGCAGCCCCACGGAGCUUUUGUUCAGCGCUGCUCGGUCGUGGAUGUUCUGCUGGAUGCAACAUUCUUCACACUAAGGUAGAGUAGUAAAUUUACUCAGAAUGAAAGGAUAUUUGCUACUGCUGCUUGUCAGCAGUGUCUUUGCUGAGGAAGAUGACAAGAAAGAAAAUGUUGGUACAGUGGUUGGAAUUGAUCUUGGUACCACCUACUCCUGUGUUGGUGUCUACAAAAAUGGAAGGGUGGAAAUCAUUGCCAAUGACCAAGGUAAUAGAAUCACUCCCUCCUAUGUGGCCUUUACCCAUGAUGGUGAACGCCUGAUAGGUGAUGCUGCAAAGAACCAGCUGACUUCAAACCCUGAGAAUACUGUGUUUGAUGCCAAACGUCUUAUUGGGCGCACAUGGAAUGAUCCAGCAGUACAGCAAGACAUCAAAUAUCUCCCAUUUAAGGUGAUUGAGAAGAAGAACAAGCCCCAUGUUCAACUUGAUAUUACUGAUCAGGUCAAAACGUUUGCUCCAGAGGAGAUAUCUGCUAUGGUGUUAUCUAAGAUGAAGGAAACAGCUGAGGCAUAUCUUGGCAAGAAGGUUACCCAUGCUGUGGUAACAGUGCCUGCUUAUUUCAAUGAUGCUCAACGUCAGGCUACAAAAGAUGCUGGUACCAUUGCUGGUUUGAAUGUUAUGCGGAUCAUCAAUGAACCGACUGCUGCAGCAAUUGCCUAUGGUUUGGACAAACGUGAGGGUGAAAAGAACAUUCUUGUCUUUGACCUUGGUGGUGGUACUUUUGAUGUCUCACUGCUAACUAUUGACAAUGGAGUUUUUGAAGUGGUUGCUACUAAUGGAGAUACUCAUCUGGGUGGUGAAGAUUUUGACCAACGUGUAAUGGAGCAUUUCAUCAAGCUGUACAAAAAGAAAACUGGUAAAGAUGUUCGUAAGGAUAACAGAGCUGUACAAAAGCUCCGUCGUGAAGUAGAAAAGGCCAAACGUGGUUUGUCUGCCCAACACCAGGCCAGGAUUGAAAUUGAAUCUUUCUUUGAGGGAGAAGAUUUCUCUGAAACACUAACCCGAGCAAAGUUUGAAGAACUGAAUAUGGACCUCUUCCGAUCAACUAUGAAACCUGUGCAGAAAGUGAUGGAGGAUGCUGAUCUGAAAAAAACAGAAAUUGAUGAAAUUGUUCUUGUAGGUGGUUCUACACGUAUUCCUAAAAUCCAGCAACUGGUAAAAGAAUUCUUCAAUGGCAAAGAGCCAUCUCGAGGAAUCAACCCUGAUGAAGCUGUUGCAUAUGGGGCAGCAGUUCAGGCUGGUGUUCUGUCAGGAGAGGAAGAUACUGGUGACCUUGUUCUCCUUGAUGUCUGCCCCUUGACUCUUGGAAUUGAAACAGUUGGUGGAGUCAUGACUAAACUGAUCCCUCGUAAUACAGUGGUUCCAACCAAGAAGUCUCAGAUCUUCUCAACUGCCUCUGACAACCAGCCCACUGUGACUAUCAAGGUGUAUGAAGGUGAACGUCCACUGACCAAAGAUAACCAUCUGCUUGGUACCUUUGACCUGACUGGUAUUCCUCCAGCACCACGUGGUGUCCCUCAGAUUGAAGUAACAUUUGAGAUAGAUGUAAAUGGUAUCCUGCGUGUUACAGCUGAAGACAAGGGCACUGGCAAUAAAAACAAGAUCACCAUUACAAAUGACCAGAACCGCCUGACCCCAGAAGAAAUUGAGAGGAUGGUGAAUGAUGCAGAGAAAUUUGCUGAAGAGGAUCAGAAGCUUAAAGAGCGUAUUGAUGCCAGAAAUGACCUAGAAAGCUAUGCUUAUUCUCUGAAGAACCAGAUUGGUGAUAAGGAAAAACUUGGUGGCAAGCUGUCCUCAGAGGACAAAGAGACCAUAGAGAAAGCUGUUGAGGAGAAGAUUGAAUGGCUAGAAAGUCACCAAGAUUCUGAAAUAGAUGACUUCAAAGCUAAGAAGAAGGAGCUUGAAGAGAUUGUUCAGCCAAUUGUUAGUAAGCUGUAUGGGAGUGCAGGUGGUGCCCCUCCAGAAGAGGAGGAGGAGCCUGAGAAGGAUGAAUUAUAAUAAGGACUCUAAUUUUGUAAAUAGUGGACUUGAACUUUGCUGUUAGGGAAAUCUGAAUGAUAAGGACUAACUCUUGAAUGUAUGUGCAAAAUUUUCACGAGUGGUGUGAACAUUUGAAAUGGUCUAGAACUUCCAUUGCAGUUUCAGCACCAAUUGUCUGAGGGAGAACAUGGGAGAAAUGUCAAGGGUUAUAAAUACAAAGUUCUCCAAAUGCACAUUUUUCUAUUUAUUUGAAAUCUCAUGUUUGGUCUGUGUAAGUGUAGAAGACAUUUUCUACUGAUGACCAAUAAAUGUUAUGUUUGAUAUUAAAA